AUGAUUGGUGACAUUCCCGGGGCCCGUAAGCCUGACGACCCUGUCUGUACAUCUGAUUUAACCACGCCUGCCUCAACCUCCACUCCUCAGGAACAAGAUGCUCGUCCUCCUCUCCGUACAACGCCUGUUACGCAAGAUUCCUCUACUUCGCUUCAGGUCGUCUCCUCUCAUUCCGAGUCUGAAUUAGCCUGUGUUGUUCAGACUCGUGUUGGUUCUGCGCGUGUGAGACGCCUGCAUCCGCCUGUUCUCUCCGACUUACAACCACUCAAGGUAACGCCCGCCGACUUUGCUCGUUUACAGGAGACCUGCCCCUCCCUCGGCGUAGUGCGCGCCAAGUCUACUGGCGGACUGCCCGAUGUAGCUCGGAAUGGAGCGUCCUACAAGUUCUCCGGGACGAAUGGACUCCUGUAUAGAGACUGUGUCGCUUGUAGCCGGCCCGGCAAGGUCGGGACUCGGACGUUGGUGCUCCCUUCUGACUGCCGUCAAAUCGUGCUACAAGUGGCCCACGAGAGUCCCCUCGCCGGUCACUUCUCUCAUCGGAAGACGGAAUCGAAGGUGAGCGAUAACUUCUUCUGGCCUGGCAUGUGGGCCGAUAUCCGUGACUACUGUCGGUCCUACGACAUAUGCCAGCGUAAGUCUUAUAAGGGCCAGGUUAAGCCCGUCCCCCUCCAACCAUUGCCUGUCGUCACGGAACCAUUCUCCAGAGUUGCUGUGGAUGUGGUGGGCCCUCUCUCUCCGCCGUCUGCAGAAGGACACUGGUAUAUUCUCAUCCUGAUUGACUUUGCCACAGGGUUCCCUGAAGCCAUUCCACUCAAGGAUGUGGACUCUGUUUCUGUUGCUGAGGCUCUUCUGUCUUCAUUUUCCAGGGUCGGAAUUCCCCGGGAAAUCCUGAGCGACAGAGGUACUCAAUUCACUUCUCAGCUAAUUGCCGAGCUUCACAAUCUACUUGGUGUGAGGCCCCAGGAAAUGCCCAGCGACCGCACCGGCUUGUCGGCCCUCGAUCUCCUCUACGGGCGCACUGUGCGAGGGCCCUUGACUGUCCUGAAGGACUUAUGGGAAGACCGUGACCUGAAGGAGGAAGAACGGACGAGUCUGCAAUACGUCAUCAAGCUCAGGGAGAAACUGACCGAAUGUGCUCAGCUCGCCGCCCGGGAGGCUGACGUAAGUACUGCAAAGUACAAGUCUUAUUUUGACCUGCGAUCCCAAGAUAGACAAUUCAAGCCUGGCGAUGAGGUCCUAGUUCUUCUCCCUGACUCUACCAAGAAGUUCCUCGUUUCCUGGCGUGGCCCAUUCAAAGUUUUGGAACGACGAAACAAGGUGGACUACCUGGUUGAUGACCCGAGGGGGCCUAAGCUGUACCACGCCAACCUCCUAAAAAGGUACCAUCGCCGCGCUCAAGUAAACUUCGCGUAUGUCAAGGACGAUACUUCAGCGCCGGAUGAUGACUGUUCACCCACAGGACCUUUGGAAGCAGAGGACCCUGACGACCUUGUUCCCUGCCCUUUGGUCUGUUCCGUUCCUGAUUCCGCCCUCAACCCGGCGCUGGACAUCAACAAGUCCCUGGAGUGGAACCAGCGCUCAUCGUUAGAAGACGUACUUUCCACCUUUAAGGACGUAUUUUCAGAGACUCCAGGUUGCACCAACACCCUGCAACAUGACAUAAUUUUAACCACCACCAAAAGAGUCCUCACGAAGAAGUACCCUGUGCCGAUCCACCUCCGUCCUUACUUUGAGAAGGAAGUUAACAACCUCCUCCAACUAGGCAUCAUCCAGCCGUCGUCAUCACCGGCUGACGGCGAAACCAUCCAAGUGUCGUCCAAGUGCUCCAACGACAUACUGUUGAGGUGGGCCCUUCAGCUGCAGAACUACCUGUUCCAGUUGGUUCAUCUUGCCGGCCGAGACAACGUGGGCGCAGACUUUCUGAGUCGCUCCUUAGAGGUGAACCCUGCCGCCACACCCAGCCUGCUUCACCCAGCCUGCUUUGUUCGCCGACCCGAAGCUGCUCCUGGUGGCGAUGCAGUCUCAUUCAGCUUCACGGUCGGCGCCCUGACUUCACGCAGCGUCGAAGCGAGCCAAGGUGGUGGUUGCCUGAGAGCUGAGGCAGAGCCGAACUGA